ACGUUCGUAGCUUCUGAAUGGAUGGAUCACGGAGCUACACAUUUGGUCGCAUUUGAAGGACUGCUCAAAGCUGUCGGCUCUGUUAAUUUGGCUAGCCACGGACGUCGUGGCACAUUGUUAGAACGAGCGCUUGCAAUUCUAUCGGCUUUAAAUCAUUCAACUUCCAGCUGAAUCAAAUACGCAUCUUCAGCACAGACAGUGAAAAGAGGUCUACAGUGGAUGACCUGGCUCUGAAGUGUUUGGCGUUCCACCGUCUUUGUUGCUCGAGUUCCCUAUCCCGCCCAGCUCUCUCACGGCUCUUAGGCCCACCUGAGGAGUUUUCCGUACAGGCCAGCCUAAGUUGGGUUAGGCAGUGCUGUUAGGAGUCAUGGUCCAGAGGCCUGGAGAUGGCGGUUCCCAGCUGACAGUGACGCGGGCUGUUUUGGCCCUGCUGUUUGUGCUGCUCGCGUCCGGCAGGCUCGCGGCGGGUGACGGCGGCCAGCUCUCGGCGCUGCAGGACCUGUUGACGCGCUAUGGCGACAACGCCACGAUCUCUGUGCCCCAGCUGCGCACGCUGCUGGCCCGGCUGAGCGCGGGGCAGGGGGAGAACGCCUCAGACACUCAGCCCCCCCGGGCCAACUCUUCCAGAUGUUUGACGGCGGACACGCUGGCGGUGCACAGCAUUAGUGAGCAGUCUCGGCUGGACGGCGUCGGGCUGCAGCAGAUCUGUCCCACCAUGCUGCAGCAGCUGGAGAUGCGCACCUGCACAGCCAGCCAGGACCAGCUGGCCGACGCCGAGCCCAUUCUCAGGCCCACCGACGGCGAAGUGUUGGGCUACUCUGUGCUCAGCGUGACGCUGGUUAGUGCCUUUUCUCUCUCCGCUGUGUUUGUGGUGCCCCUGAUGAAGACGCGCUUCAUGAACAGGGUGCUGGUGUUUUUCAUCUCCCUCUCCAUCGGGACGCUCUACUCCACCGCAGUCCUGCAGCUCCUGCCAGAGGCCUUUGGUUUUGACCCCAUGGAGGACUACUACGUGUCCAAGUCCGCUGUGGUGUUCGCAGGCUUCUAUCUCUUCUUCUUCACUGAGAAGAUUUUGAAGAUGAUACUGAAGCCAAAGAGCGGGGGCAAGGGUCACGGCCACAGCCACUACCCGGUGGAGUGCUACACCUCUAACAGAGACAUGGAGGACGGCUUGACGGAGAAGCUGCAGAACGGCGAGGCGGGGCUCUCCCUGCCCAGGGUGGACGCCGAGCUCAAGGGAAUCGGGGAGGACGACAAGAUUCUCAGCACGCGGCAGACUUUACAGGACACCCAGAGUGCUGGAGGGGGGGGUGGUAGUCACGGACGCGGCGGCUGCUACUGGCUAAAGGGCACGGCCUACUCGGACAUCGGCACGCUGGCCUGGAUGAUCACGCUCAGCGACGGCCUGCACAACUUCAUCGAUGGCCUGGCCAUCGGUGCCUCCUUCACCUCCUCCGUCUUCCAGGGUGUCAGCACCUCCGUGGCCAUCCUGUGUGAGGAGUUUCCCCAUGAACUCGGUGACUUUGUGAUUCUCCUAAAUGCGGGCAUGAGCAUCCAGCAGGCGCUCUUCUUCAACUUCCUGUCAGCAUGCUGUUGUUACCUGGGCAUGGGCUUUGGUAUUCUGGCUGGCAGCAGCUUCUCGCCUAACUGGAUCUUUGCGCUAGCCGGCGGCAUGUUCCUCUACAUCGCCUUGGCUGACAUGUUCCCCGAGAUGAACGAGGUGAGUCGUGAGGAAGAAGAGGCCGGAGGCAGCGGCGCGUUGGUCACCUUCGCCAUCCAAAACGCUGGGCUGCUCACUGGCUUCGCCAUCAUGCUGCUCCUCACCAUGUACUCAGGCCAGAUCCAGCUAGGGUAGCCUCACGCACCGCACCGCACCCACCCCCUUACCACCUAAAAUGGACUGGGGACACUCCCCACUCCCACCCCUCCCCACUACUGACCUGUUCCAAAGGGCUCAGAGGAAGUCCCUGGAAGACCCUCUCCCUCUCCAUCUCAGGCCCUGCCUUGCCAGAAUCCCCCACCCUCCAUUUUUGGAGCUACUCAUGGCAACUUCUGAAGGGACCCAAACGAUAAAGAAUAUGCAUAAGUACUUAACUGAUAUAAGUACAUCCUCUGAUACUCAUCACCCAAGGUAUUUCUUCUCCUCAUCAUCAUUCGCCCUCAGUGAACCUGCCUUCCACCGCCUGAGACAAAUCUGGUCUCAUCUGUCGUUUUGAUCCAAAAAGAAGAGAUGAUAUCAUGAACAUGCUGUAGUCAAGGGCAACCGCACUGAGGAUCUGUGUCCUAGCUUCAGUUCUCACCUAGCGAGAACUACGUGACUUUGUGAUUCUUCUCAAUGGAGCAGUUGUCCUUGAUUCAAGGUAAUAUUACUUGUGCAAUUUCUUCUUUCUUUUCUUCUUCCAAAUCAGCUUCACGGGAGACUGGGUUGGAUGGCCGAGGAGUACGUUUAGCCUUAUGACCAGAGAAUGGGAGAAUUGACCAGGGCGGCAUUAAAGAAAGAUGGUUCUCUUACGGGGUAGCAGGGUGAAUGUGAACCAGUUCCUCAUGUCGGCUAAAAGCUGACAAUCAUAGACCAUUCUACGAUUUCUACUUGGAUAUUCAACAUGAUUCUCUGCACAGCGUAAUUCCACUUCCCAAAAUUCUGGGCCCUGUAGGUAUUUGCAUGUGCAGAUAGUGUGUUUGAUAGAAAGUUUUAUUUUUCGAAACAAGUAAGACACCCAUGGUUGUACAUCUUAAGGCACAAAGACCAAAUAUGAGCCUGUAUCUUUUUUUUUUCUUUUUUUUUCUUGCCAGUCUUUACCUCUGUGUCUACCCAAACCUCUUCAUGUAGGUUAGAUGUGGUAGGACUACUGUUCAUUUCAGCCAUGCGUGCCCCUGAUCAAAUCUUGGUCAGGCUUCUAAUCAUUACAAAAAAAAAAAAAAAAAACCUGCAAGUUUAAAUGCUGCUGUGAGCAUAACCAAACUUUAUGGUCUUUUUUUUGUUUGUUUCUCAUGUAGUGUCCUUUGUGCACUGGUGAAAGUCAAGUUCUCUAGGUCUGUCUGUGUGUGUGUGUGUGGUGAGGUUUGUAGCGGAAAGGUGCUGGUUUAUCGCCAUUUUUGUAUGAGAGGUUAUGUAUAUUUUUACCCAUGGUAUGUGCUUGGGGCUUUUUCAUCUCGUCAGUAUCAUGUUAAAUGAGCUCCAAAGUUGAACCAUUUUGAAGUGGGACAAAAAGCCAUUCCCUGGAACAUUUGCAGCUUCGUGCAUAAGGUGUUUUUUUUUUUUGGUUUGUUUGUUCGUCCGUCCCCCCCAUAAACUGCCUUGUCGUCCAUUAUCCAGAACAUUGCUAUGUCGGUAUCAGCAGGCGUCAACAGACUGACCGCAAUAUUAUAUCAAAUUAACUCCUAUACUCCUUUCUGACUCAUAGCCUAGUUAUAUUUACUGAAAGUGAAACUGAUGCAAAACUGAGCUGAUAUUCCUAUCAGAAUAUUCACACCUUCAGUUUUGUACUGUACCUGGAAAAUCACAGUCUAUGUUAAUGGAGUAGAUCGUCAUUUCACAAUCACUAACACCUUUUAACUGUCACUUCAGUACGCCAUACUGAAAACGAUGGCUUUUUGAUGUAAUAGGUACAUUAUGUGUUUAGGUUAAAACGAAGAUCUCACCCCGGCCAAUUAUUAAUAUCAGACUACUUCUUUGAAACACUUAAAUGGAUCACUGUGAUGGUUCUUUUUAAACGCUAUCCGAAGCUAGCGUAACACGUGGCAGCCUAAAUCACACCAGCUGGGUGAAAACAAUGAAAAUUCUUGGAUCCCGGACCUACUAACAAACACCCAGUGUAGUGGCUGGUACUCUUAGAGACAGACGCAAAUAAGUGGAGUUCUGUGGUAUUGUAGGCUGUGUAUAGCUAAGGCUUGUAGCAGCUACCACUCUUCACAUUCAGGCAUCAUCAGUGACAUUUAUGAAUAGUUUGGACCACAUUCAAGAACUACAAAUAGUGAUAAUUAUAGUACACUUUGAGAUUGUGUUGUUAGUCUUUUUCCUGCAAGCCAAAGAAAGAAAGAGAAUUUUGGCUAUUUGUUAGUGUUUGCCACCUAAAUCAGGUCAAUCUAAAUUUGUCUUUGAAUAUUCCCCUUGUGUUGAUUUAAACGCAUUUAGAGAUCAAUUUCAGUCAAUUUAGAACUGACAUGCCUAGGACUUAACUGGUCUAUUAAGGAAUCAAGCCAUGUGCAUUGAUGGGGUUCAAUUCCUAUAGACUGACAUGCACAUAUUGUACUGUUACAUUCAGUUUUUGAGGUUAUUCUAGUAUGUUGAUUGUACUGUUUUUGAAUUGAUAUGCACUGAUUUUCUUUUUUUUUUUUUUUUUAAGAUUAUGGAUUAUUUUUCAGCCUUUGUUUUAUAAGUAUUAGAUGUUAGCAAGCAGUACACAUGAUACCAGUGAGAACUUCCCCUCUCCAUUUUACUCCAUAUUAAAAGACCAUUUUUGUUGAUCAUGAGUGCUUAAGCCUAAUGCCAGUGACUGUCCCCCUGCUGGUUGACCAAGAGCAGAAUAUUUCACAGUGAUGGGCGAAAACUGCAGUUAUAUCAAAAUGAGACUAAUGCUUCAGUCCUUUUCAUUCUUUGCAUCCCAUUUUUUCUCUCUCAAUGUGCUAACUAUCAUGAAAAUGCACCAAGGUAAUUGUGUAAUGGUGGAGACUAUUAGGAUUUGGAUGGGUUUUAUUUUUUUCUUCGUUUUUUCCCCCAUUAUGGAUUGCUGUCAUCCAUAUUUUUUUUCAUUUAAGAUUAUGAACUCAUGUUUCAUACUGCAUAAUAUACAAGUGUAUACAAAAAGUGAGGUUAAAAUGUUUUCAAUAAACACUGUAAUCACAAAAUGUAAGCAGAAGAACAGCACAAUAUUCUAAUCUAUACUCGUCCUGAAUGGGUUUGCUAGUAGGGGCUGGUUUGAAUUCCACUGUUCUACUUGUAGAAAUAAAACUGUUUUCUUUUUUCUGUUAUGCAAUUGCAUUGUCUAAACAGAACAAAAUGGUCUGAUUUCUGGUUGUGCAGGUUACUGUGUAACAUUUGCUCAUUAUGAAUGGCCGUUGGUGUGAUUGUUGCAUCCAUGUAGUGUUUCUGGGUCAGUUUGGGGGAGAGUGUCUCAGGUGAAUUUCAUUCCAGUCCCCUUGAACGAGUUUGUACAGUGAACCAUAACUGUGUCUCUUGCACAGUGCAAGGUUGUCGUAUGAGACGCUUUCACACCAUUGUUCUAACUGGCAGGCUUUUAACAGUGUCUCAUAUUGGAGAUAUAGGGGAAAAUAAGCUGAUAUAAUCUUAUUUGUGAAAUAAAAUGGAAAUAUUUGUAAAAUAAAAA